CCGGUGCCCGCCGGGCCGGGCCGGGCGGCGGCGGGAGCAGAGCCAGAGGGAAGAUGACAUCGGGGCUCCUCUGAGCCAGCAGCGCCCAGGGUGACCAUGGAGUACGAGCUGCCCAACGCCACCGCCUUCUGGUUCUCCCCGGCCUCCCCCUUCGACAACUUCUCCCUGGAGGCGCCCACCAACACCUCCCAGAACGCCACGGGCCAGCACUUCGACCUGACCAGCAACGCCAUCCUCACCUUCAUCUACUUCGUGGUGUGCAUCGUGGGGCUGUGCGGCAACACGCUGGUCAUCUACGUCAUCCUGCGCUACGCCAAGAUGAAAACCAUCACCAACAUCUACAUCCUCAACCUGGCCAUCGCCGACGAGCUCUUCAUGCUGGGCCUGCCCUUCCUGGCCAUGCAGGUGGCCCUGGUGCACUGGCCCUUCGGCAAAGCCCUCUGCAGGAUCGUCAUGACCGUGGAUGGCAUCAACCAGUUCACCAGCAUCUUCUGCCUGACGGUGAUGAGCGUCGACCGCUACCUGGCCGUGGUGCAUCCCAUCAAAUCCGCCAAGUGGAGGCGGCCCAGGACAGCCAAAAUGAUCAACGUGGCCGUCUGGGGCGUCUCCCUGCUGGUGAUCAUGCCCAUCAUGAUUUACGCCGGGGUGCAGCACAACCACGGCAGGAGUAGCUGCACCAUCAUCUGGCCGGGAGAGUCGGGCGCCUGGUACACGGGGUUCAUCAUCUACGCGUUCAUCCUGGGCUUCCUGGUGCCUCUCACCAUCAUCUGCCUUUGCUACCUGUUCAUCAUCAUCAAAGUCAAGUCCUCGGGCAUCAGGGUGGGCUCCUCCAAGAGGAAAAAGUCGGAGAAGAAAGUCACCAGGAUGGUGUCCAUCGUGGUGGCCGUCUUCAUCUUCUGCUGGCUCCCCUUCUACAUCUUCAACGUCUCCUCCGUGUCCGUCAUGAUCGUGCCCACGCCCGUCCUCAAGGGCAUGUUCGACUUCGUGGUGGUGCUGAGCUACGCCAACAGCUGUGCCAACCCCAUCCUCUACGCCUUCCUGUCCGACAACUUCAAGAAGAGCUUUCAGAACGUGCUGUGCCUGGUGAAGGUCAGCGGCAUGGACGAGGCCGACCGCAGCGACAGCAAGCAGGACAAGUCCCGCCUCAACGAGACCACGGAGACGCAGAGGACCCUGCUCAACGGCGACCUGCAGACGAGCAUCUGAGGGAGGGACGGCGGGGUUUGUCCUGCCCGGCUGCAGCAGGGGGUGGCACAGGGCAGCAAUGCCACCUGCGGGGACGGCUGUGAGCGCCCCGUGGCCCCUCUGCUGGGCUCCUCUCUGCUGGGUUGGCUUUCGACUGCUGGGAAGGAUAUACGGGUCAGGAGGAGCCGCCUCGCCAGGGAAACAAAGACAACUCGUGGAGACACCAAAGUGCCACCAAAGUGGGCACAGGUACGGCCGCGGUCCCCCGUGCCACCCUCGGGGCCGGCUGGCUUUGGGGCUCUGCACCUGGACACAGCGUGGGACCUGAGGAGGAGCCGAGGCUGCAGGUGUGUGACAGCACGGGGACGCACCUGGUGGGAUCUCCCGGCGAGUGUCCCUCCCGAGGCCACCAGGAUGUUCGGGAUUGCGUUUUCCCCGGUUAAUCCUUGCUCUGCCGCGUGUCCUGCCGCAGCCCUCUGCCCGGAGGGGACACGCCAGCCCGGAGGGGACAUCCCCACGGGAAGCAGCCGUGCCCCUCUGACGCCGCCCUGCCGUGUCCCCCUGCUGCCCAGCCCUUUCCCUGGUCCUGCCGCAGAUUUUCUGCUCGGAUGGAGAAUUUUCCCCUUUGCCCUCCCCGGUGGCCGCUGCCCCUCCCUCGCUCCCUCCGCCCGCCCCGGCCGGUCCCAGCUGCUCCGGCAGCCGCUGCCGCUGCUCCGGGCACCGAGAGCGCUCCGCUCCUUGCUGGGAAAGCCUUGGAAGUGUUUGGGCGGCGGUGACACCCUGGAGAAGCCUGGCACGGGCACCUGGCACUGCCAGGGGCUCCUGCACCCGGCUCAGACCGCGGUUUGUCCGGCCUCGGCUCCGAGGAUCUCCGGGCUGACACCUCCCUGCUCCUUCCAGGCAAGUCACGCCGGAGGCAGGGGGGAUGGAGAGCAUGGGGACGGGCAGGGGGGGCUGGGGACCCGCUCCCCACCCUUGUCCGAGCCGAAGGGAGUGGGCGGAGCAGGCAACGGGGCUGUCAGCAGCCGGGGAUCCCUGCCCUGGAUGCUGCCCUGGGAAGGGCAGGGCAGCGCGGAUCCCUGCCCUGGAUGCUGCACUGUGUGAGGGGCGGCGGGGCUGGCCCCACACCCGCUCCAUUUGCCUUGCCAAGACUGUCCCGCAGCGUUCAGCUCUGUCGCUGUCCCUGGCUGCCCUCCCAGCCCCAAACCCGCGGCUCUGGAGCUCUGACCCCUGCCCAAGCCCCUCCUUGUCCAGCGCGGCGGGAGCUGCAGGGAAAGCCCAGGGGAGAGGGAGAAGUGGCCGCUUCCUGCCGGAGCACCGGGAGCAGCACGGGGCUGUGCCCGAGGCCGGAUCCGUUCACAGGCCCCUGCUGCACAGCCGAGCCGUGGGAACCGGGGGUUUGUGCGGAGACAACAGCCGGGGCUCGGUCACCCUGCCCUGUGCCGCCCACCCUGGUGCCACCAGCGCCUGCACCCCGCAGUACAGGUGUGGGAGGUGAGGCUGCAGCAGGUGCCACCUGCCUGGGGUGCCACUUGCUCGGCUGGGCCAUGCUCCAUCCCAAACUUGAGCUCUGGAUGAAAUUUGCCCAUGGCUGUGCCCAGCUCCUGCAGCAGAUGCCAGCCUGGGCCACCCCGUCCUGCUGUGCCAGCCCCGAAAAGGGCUCAGUGCCAGGCUACCUGCUCCCGGCUCUGUUGGACGCUGCAUUUACUGCAAGACAAAGCAGAGCCAUGUGAGCAAUUGUUUGCUUUUAACUCUUUCCUGCUCCUCCGAGGAACAGUGCCAGCGUUCAGGUGCCCGUGUGUGGCACCUCCCUGUGCCCUGGCUGGGCACGGCGGUGGGGAGCGCGGCUGACCCCGGGCUCGGGGCACGGCUGCAGGAAUUGCAGCAGCAGCAGCAGCUCCGGG